GCCCUGCGGCCACUCCCGGUUGGAACGCUCGGAGAAAGCAGCUGUUCGGAGAGCCGGGCUGGCUGAUUGGCCAGGAGCCCCUUGCCUCUUGGGUGGCAUGGCGAGCUCCUGAGAGGCGUGCUCCGCUCUGCUGCAGACAGCCUGGGGUGAGAGCGCUGGCUACCAGUUAGCACAGACCGCUUUCCGGCUGGUGCGGGAGGCUCUUCGUCCAGUGCUGAAUGGUGUCGCUGAGAGAGGACUCUGAAAGUGGUGGCAGAGUCCACUGAGAGGGUGGAGCCUGGAUGAUGACUCAGCAGGGAGCUGUUCUGCAGGGUUACAAUAAUGAGCUGGUGAAAUGCAUUGAAGACUUAUGCAUGCAAAGAGAAGAACUGAACAAGCAGAUCCAGCAAGCGGAAGUGGAAAAAAAUAAACUCCAGCAUGAAAUCCAAAUCCUGUCUGAGCAACUGGAGUGUGUCUGUGAAAGCUUGGCCCAGAAGACAGCCUCACGGAACGAGCUUGAUAAAAUCCUUGCUGAAACUGAAACUGCUUAUAUGAAGAUUUUGGAUAGUUCUAGAAUGCUGCUAAAUGUCCUGAAGAAGGAAGUGGGGAAUUUAAACAAAGCUGCAGAGCUGAAAAGCAACGUGGCCUGAAACAGCUAAAUGCUUGGACUCUAACACAAUUACAAUUCCUCCUGUUCAGAAAUGAGGUUAGCCACAGAACCCUGUGAUGAGCAUAUAUCUGAGAAAGGGUUCUACCUUAACUUUUGUAUAUGUUUUUAGCACAUUUAAAAUAAUGGAAAAUAAUGUACAAUACAGAUAAAUAAAGCUACUGUUUUGCUAAAAA